GAUAUUUCAGUCUGGCAACCCUGGUCCGUGUGUGUGCGAAAAUAUUAAUUUAUCUGGCCGAGUGUGUUAUCCGUCAGAGCUGUUUGUUUUUAAAUUCAGACGAUACAAGAUCUGUAACAAAAUUUAUGUUUUCGGCCGGGCUGGUAGCUAAGAAAAUAGAAGGCAACGUGCACCGCGCACUCACCGACAGCCAAAAGCAGAGAAACCCACACAUACACACGCACGCAGAUGCCAUAAUUGAGGUGUAUUUGUGUAAUUUCGUUUUGUUGGAAAGAAAGCACACACACGCACAGUGCGAAAUACGAAGAGAAUAGUUUUUUUUUUUGCGAAUUUUGUUCGGUUAGAGUUUUUGUUACCUUGUGUUGAUCCCAACUGCUCAACGCCCUUGCUCCGCCCACCACCCGACAACAAGCGCCACCCCAAAUUUCGCAACAGGAGCGGAGAGCGAGCGGCCGAAAAUAUAUUUAUUUAUAUUUUUUGACAGCACCGAAAAGCAAGAACUUUCUGUUGCGGAGAAACGCCUUUCCAGCAGGCCAGAGAAAAAUUAGUGCGAUAACGCCGCCGAGCGGCUGGAACGGUGAUCCAGUUACUCGAGUCCAGUGAGUCCCCAUUAAAUCCUUCCGACGACCUCCCCCGAUAACGAUACUGCGAUAUCGAUCCUCCGCGGAGGAGCCGCCGAUUUCUAGCACCAUUCAAGUGCCAAGUAAAAUGGACAUAGAAACAGAUCAGUCUAUUGAAGCAAUGGACACCCAGGAUACCCAAGAGGUCGAGAUCCUCACCAGUGACCUCCAGCAACAGACUCCACAGCAGCAGCAACAGCAACAGAAUUCGCCGCCACAAUUGCCGAAAUUCAAGAAUCUUAUCCAGCCACAAUUGCACGCCGUGGGAGCAGUCACCCAAUUGCCCAGCGAGAACGGGAAUGUGCCGCCACAGCAGCUAUUGGCCGACAGCAGUUCUGCAUCCUUUGGCCAGGACGCCGAAGCCAUGGGCAUGGACGAUGAGUCCAAGGAGGAUCAAUUCCGUUCAGAGACCACAUUCUCAUUUACCGUUGAGAAUGUAGCCCAGUUGAAAUCGCAGCGGCUCUCGCCGCCCGUUUAUGUACGCAUGCUGCCAUGGAAGAUCAUGGUCAUACCCAAUGAACGCGCACUGGGCUUCUUCCUGCAGUGCAAUGGGGAGAACGAUUCGCCCACCUGGUCGUGCAAUGCCAUUGCCGAGCUGCGCUUGAAGUGCCACAAGCCGGAUGCACAGCCCUUCACGCGGGCCCGCAUCAAGCAUUUGUUCUACUCGAAGGAGAACGACUACGGCUACUCGAACUUCAUCACCUGGCAGGAGCUGCAGGACGCGGACAAGAGCUAUGUGCACAAUAACAGCAUCACGCUGGAGGUGCACGUGAUCGCGGAUGCGCCGCACGGCGUUUUGUGGGACUCCAAGAAGCACACCGGCUAUGUGGGCCUUAAGAAUCAGGGUGCCACCUGCUACAUGAACUCGCUGCUACAGACUCUGUAUUUCACCAACUCGCUGCGCUUGGCCGUGUAUCGGAUUCCCACAGAGGCGGAUGAUAGCACAAAGUCGGUGGGACUGUCGCUGCAGCGUGUGUUCCACGAACUGCAGUUCGGGGAUCGUCCCGUGGGCACCAAGAAGCUAACCAAAUCCUUUGGCUGGGAGACACUCGACUCGUUCAUGCAGCACGACGUCCAGGAGUUUCUGCGCGUCCUGCUCGACAAGCUCGAGUCGAAGAUGAAGGGCACCUGCCUGGAGGGCACCAUUCCAGGCCUGUUCGAGGGCAAAAUGUCGUCGUACAUCAAGUGCAAGAACGUCGACUACAACAGCACACGCUACGAGACCUUCUACGAUAUCCAGCUGAAUAUCAAGGAUAAGAAGAACAUUUACGAGUCCUUCCAGGAUUACGUGGCCUCCGAGACGCUCGAGGGCGACAACAAAUACGACGCUGGUGUCCACGGCCUGCAGGAGGCCAGCAAGGGCGUGAUCUUCACCGCAUUCCCGCCCGUUUUGCAUCUGCACUUGAUGCGCUUCCAGUACGAUCCGAUCACAGACAGCUCCAUCAAGUACAACGAUCGCUUCGAGUUCUACGAGCAGAUCAACUUGGAUCGCUACCUGGCCGAGAAGGAGAAGACCUCGGCGGACUACGUCCUGCAUGCAGUGCUGGUGCACUCGGGCGACAAUCAUGGCGGUCACUAUGUGGUCUUCAUCAAUCCAAAGGCGGACGGACGAUGGUUCAAGUUUGACGACGACGUGGUCUCCAGUUGCCGCAAGCAGGAGGCAAUUGAACAGAACUACGGCGGCAUGGACGAGGAGAUUUCGUUCCACGCCAAGUGUAGCAAUGCCUACAUGUUGGUGUACAUCCGCCAGUCGGAGCUGGAGCGCGUGCUGAGCGACAUACCCGAGAACGAGAUCUCCAGCCAUUUGGUGGAGCGCCUCGACUUGGAGAAGCGCAUCGAGAUGGCGCGCCGCAAGGAGCGCAGCGAGGCCAACCUGUAUGUGUCGGUGCACGUGAUCCUCGAGGAGUACUUCGAGGGCCAGCAGAAGCGUCGUCUCUUCGACCUGGAGAAGACCCAUCAGCGGCCCUUCAAGCUCAAACAGAAUCAGACCGUUGACGAGCUGGUGGAUAUGUUUGUGAAGGGCUUCGGGGUGCCGCGGAAUCGCAUGCGCAUGUGGAACAUGUGCACCGCCCAGACGCAGAAGUUCUUGUACUUUGACUUCGAGGCGGAGGCGUCGCGCACCAUCGAGCAAAUACCCACGUCGCAGAAGCCAUGGGUCAUCUUCCUGGAGCUGGCCUCGCCGGAGAAUCCCGCUCCCCUGCCGCCCUUCAAUCCGAACACGGAUGUCUUGCUGUUCCUUAAGUACUACGAUGCGCGCAACAAGCGGCUCAACUACAUCGGAUGCACCCAGCAGCCGCAGAACCGACGCCUCAUCGAUCUCGUGCCGGAGGUCAAUCGCAAACUGGGCUUCGAUCCGGAAACCGAGCUGACCAUCUACGACGAGUACGCCGACAAGAAGGUGGCCAGCCUGGGCGAGCCGAUCGAGAGUGUGCUCUUCAUACCGCAGGACCAUUUGCAGGGACACAUCCUGAUCUUCGAACGUGAGUCGGUGGACGACAAGCUGGAUUUGCCGACAGUGGAGGACUACUUCCUCGAUCUGGUCUAUCGCAUCGAGAUCAUCUUUAGCGACAAGUGCAACCCCAACGAGCCGGACUUCACGCUGGAGCUAUCCAAUCGCUACAACUACGAGCAGCUCACCAACGCGGUGGCCGAGCGGCUCAACACCGAUCCACAGAAGCUCCAGUUCUUCAUGUCCAUUAGCAACUACAAGGAAACGACGGGCAAUGCAGUGCCCUACACUUUCAAGGGCACCAUCAAGGACCUGUUAUCGUACACCAAGCAGAGCUCACCCAAGCGCAUAUUCUACCAGCGGCUCUCGCUCAGCAUCCACGAGCUGGACAACAAGAAGCAGUUCAAGUGCGUCUGGGUGAGCAGCGACCUCAAGGAGGAGAAGGAGCUGGUGCUCUACCCGAACAAGAACGACACGGUGAAGGGGCUGCUGGAGGAGGCGGCCAAGAAGAUCACGUUCGCGGAGAACAGCCGCCGCAAGCUGCGUCUGAUGAAGGUCAGCAACCACAAGAUCGUGGCCAUCUGCAAGGAGGACACACCGCUGGACACGCUGCUGAAGACCAGCGAGGCGAUCACGACCACACAGGGCGCCCAGAAGACUUAUCGCAUCGAGGAGGUGCCGCCGGAGGAGAUGCAGCUGGCCGAGAACGAGAUGCUCAUCCCAGUGGCCCACUACAGCAAGGAGCUGUACAACUCGUUCGGCGUUCCCUUCCUCACCAAGGCGCGCCAGGGCGAACCGUACGGCGCCCUGAAGCAGCGCAUCCAGAAGCGACUAAACGUGCCGGACAAGGAGUGGGAGAACUACAAGUUCUGCGUGAUAAUGGGCCACAAUUCGAAUGUGAACGACAACACGCCCAUCGAUCUGGAGGUGUAUCGCUCGUGCACCAGCGGCCAGUUGCCAUUCUUCGGGUUGGAUCACAUCAACAAGUCGCGCAAGCGCAGCUCGCUCAACUUUUCCGAGAAGGCCAUCAAGAUAUAUAACUAGAAGAGGGGAUGAAGAUGAAGUCGUGGAGAAACAUGGAGACACCGAAGGAAGACAGCUGCCUGGAACAGGAGCGAGUCUGCUAUUGACGGGGAGGGAGUUAAAUGAUUAGGGAUUGUGAAAUGGAACUGGAUGGCGCAUGGAAGGCGGACGUUCGGCUGGCGGGCCAUAGUCCUUCAAAAUUGAUCAAAGUGAAGCAGCUAAAAGUAGUCACUCUUUUUGAUGUCCCAUUCGCGAUGCCACUCACUCACAAACACACACACACACACACACCCACAUAUACAACACACACACACAACUCACCCCGAAUGCGUUAAAUAUAUAUAAACUGUUUAUUUUGUAAUCUAACUGCUAAGUCAAAAAAUAGCUAUAUUUAUUAACAACACCCCGCCGCCAAAUGGCCAAUGUUGCAGCAGAAGGCCACGCCACACUACCACGCACACCAGUUCCCCUCAGAUUAGUUCCGAUCCAAUAAUACCGUUUGAGAGCACACACGAUUCCGCUUCCACAUCCUGACCAGAGUAUCAGUUAGCUCGCACCUCGAGUCCCAUACAAAUUUACUGACUUAUUGCUUGAACUAAAGUAACUUCAAUUUAGGCUAAGGCUUUUACGUGUGUGUGUGUUUUCUAUGCUAUAAAAUAUUCUUAACCGAUAAUUGUUUAAUCGCAGGCAGAAGUGAAUUCGAAACAGAACGAAUCGGUUACUUUUGUCUAAAUGUAAAUAAGCGUUCGUUGCAAGUUGCCCAUUAAAAGUAAACAAAACAAAAAACACGUACAUAUGUAAACAAAGAGCAGGCGAAACAAAACCCUAAAACCCUAAAACCUAAAGCUAAAGCUAAAACUAAAACUAAAAGAAAGAGAAAACAAAGGAGAAAUCUAAACUAAAUACCAACAAAAGAUACAUAUAUAUAAAUAUACGAGAGAAAGAGAGCUGUAAACAAAUAAAUGCAACUAAGUAACAAGUAUAACUUUAACGUUUAAACGAAACAAAUUAUUAACAAGAAGAAGUCAUCAAGUCGCGCUAAACGAGACAGAAAGAGACGGAGACAGUUGAUAUAUUCGAGCAGCAUGAGCGAAAGAGACAGCAAAGAAGAUGGAAAAUAUAAGAUUUGUUUCAAACAAUUAUUUGUGAUUUUUAAACAUGAAAUGAUAAAAAUGUAUGCAAAGGACUAGACAACAUAAUAUUAAUUAAUAAAUUACUAUAAUACACAGUUUAGAGCUUUUUCUUUGUUAACUAUAGCGAAAGAACCGAGAUCCGAUAAAAACAAAAGGAAAAAACCAAUCAAAUAAGAAUAGCCCACAACAAAAAAAUAUUUUAACAAUAUAUUACUAUGCUAUUAUUAUUUAUGCAGCAAAUAAUUCAAAUUAUUUAUGUGUACAAAAAAAGAAAACAAACAAAAGUGAAUAAAAUACCAAGAAUUCAUCUGAAAUGUGUGCGGCAAGGAGCGAGGACUCUUUCGUUUCUUCUUGGGCUUAGACUGUUAAAACUUUGUUUGAUUCCUAGGAAAAUAUAGUAUGUAUGUGGGAUGAAUGCUGAUAUUAGUAAUGUAUGGGUUUCACAAUAACCAUUCGUUUUCUGUUCAUUCUUAGUUUUCAAUAAAAUAAUAAACUCCACUAAACGGUUUUAGACUCACAA